UUUUUUUUUUGGCUCUUGUCUCUACAUGCUGCAUAUCCUGUUAUAAACAAGAGAAAGCAUUCUUGCUAUGCAAGCAGGCCUCUGAAUGAGUGUUUGAAAUAUAGUUAAAGUUCAGGUCAAGCCAAAGACUACAAAGGCUGCAGAAAAGUACAAGUAGGAAGAGAAAAAGUUACUCCAGUAAGAAAAUGGAUCAGGAUCUUCAGAAAAAGAGGCACGUCAUGAAGGACAUGAAAAUACUCCCAAAACAGUUGACUGCUUCUGUCCUUGGAAAAGACAUGCCUAGGCAAUUUCCUAAGAUCUCCCUAGUUGAGGUGGAUGAAAAUGUGCGACUUCUGGCAGAAAAGGUAUUUGCAACAGCUCUGCGAGAAGAGGACACCAAGAAUGUUAUGUCCUUAUACUCGGUGGCAGAAGACUGUCCCAUUGGACAAAUUGAAGCCAAGCAGAGGGAGCUACAGAAAGAAUUAGCAGAGCAGAAGUCUGAAGAAUCUUCAAAAAGAAAAAAGAGUUUCAAGCUCAUUCGUUCUCAGUCUAUGUCCUUGCAGACUCCAGUUAACCAGGAUUGGGUGAAUUCUGUGAUCUCUCCUAUUAUUUCUCCUGAGUCACCUACCUUGUCCCUUAAUGACAAUGUUCCAGAAUUUCAGAGAGUCUCGAUCAGUGGUGAUUACUGUGCUGGUAUUACAGUAGAGGAUUAUGAGCAUGCUGCACAGGGUCUUCUGAAAUCCUUACUUAUUCGUGAGAAGUACACAAAAUUUGCCUAUCACCGAUUUCCAAGGACUACUGCUCAAUUCCUACGAAGUGCUGAAAAUGAAAUAUGGAAUGUUGAAGAUGAAGUUAUUCCAGAUUUUCAUCCCAGUCCUCAAGCUGGUGAAGAUCCAUAUUCUAUGAGCAAUAUCCCAGAAGAUCUAAAUUAUAAAUUGAAGAUGAAAGAUGGAAUUGUCCAUGUUUAUGACAAAGAGUAUGAUGCAAAAACUGCAUCAGAGCCUCGGAGCCUCCCCUAUCCAGACCUGGAGACAUUUGCUAUUGACUUUAGUCAAAUUCUUGCUCUUAUUGCAGAUGGCCCUACAAAGACAUACUGCCAUCGAAGACUUAAUUUUUUGGAAUCUAAGUUCUAUUUGCAUGAAAUGUUAAAUGAAAUGGCUGAACUGAAGGAACUGAAAAGUGUUCCCCAUAGAGACUUUUAUAAUGUUAGAAAGGUGGACACACACAUUCAUGCAGCAGCUUGUAUGAACCAAAAACAUCUGCUGAUGUUCAUCCAGAAUACCUACAAAGAAGAAGCAGACAGGCCUGUCUUAUUAAAAAAUGGAAAGCAGAUGACACUGAAGCAGGUGUUUGAAAGCCUUCACAUGGACCCCUAUGAUCUUACAGUUGACUCACUAGAUGUUCAUGCUGGGAGACAAACUUUCCACCGCUUUGAUAAAUUCAAUGCCAAAUAUAAUCCUGUUGGUGCCAGCGAACUAAGGGAUUUGUAUUUAAAAACUGAUAACUAUAUUGAUGGAGAAUAUUUUGCACGACUAAUAAAGGAAGUAGCUCAUGAACUGGAAGAAAGCAGGUUUCAAUAUGCAGAACCACGUUUGUCAAUCUAUGGGAGAUCUCCAGAUGAAUGGAAUCAUUUGGCAAAAUGGUUCAUUAAGCACAAAGUAUAUUCACCACACAUGAGCUGGAUCAUUCAGAUUCCAAGAAUCUAUGAUAUUUUCAAGUCAAAGAAAAUUUUACCCAAUUUUGAAAAAAUGCUAGAAAAUAUUUUUCUUCCUCUGUUUGAAGUGACAGUAAAUCCACAAAAAAACAAGGAGCUUCAUGUUUUCUUACAAUAUGUGACUGGUUUUGACAGUGUGGAUGAUGAAUCCAAACACAGUGAUCACAUAUUCUCCUACAACAGUCCAAAGCCCUCAGAAUGGAAUACUGAUCAGAACCCACCAUACAGUUAUUAUCUGUUUUACAUGUAUGGAAAUAUAAUGGUACUCAACAACCUCAGAAAGGAACGAGGUCUCAGCACUUUCUUGUUUCGCCCACACUGUGGAGAAGCUGGUUCAAUUACUCAUCUGGCAUCUGCUUUCCUAACUGCAGACAACAUCUCACAUGGACUGAAUCUUAAAAAGAGUCCAGUACUUCAGUAUCUUUACUACCUCACUCAAAUUCCCAUUGCCAUGUCACCCCUUAGUAACAACAGCCUCUUUCUGGAGUAUUCCAAAAACCCAUUGCGUGAAUUUCUACACAAAGGCCUCUGUAUUUCACUUUCAACUGAUGACCCAAUGCAAUUUCAUUACACUAAGGAAGCGCUCAUGGAAGAAUAUGCCAUCGCAGCUCAACUGUGGAAGCUCACAACCUGUGAUGUUUGUGAAAUUGCCAGAAACAGUGUUCUGCAAAGUGGACUUCCUCAUGAGGAAAAGCUACACUUCUUGGGUGACAAUUACUUAAAGGAGGGCCCAGAAGGCAAUGACAUUCGGAGGACAAAUGUUGCACAAAUACGAAUGGCCUACCGAUAUGAGAAUCUGUGCAAUGAGCUGAGUUUCUUAGUGGAUGCAAUGAAGUCACAGGUUAUGUCUGCACAAUCACAGUAACUUAUAUUUAUCAAAAAUAUAUUGCUAUAGCUUAAGUUUAACUUCAUGUACUGUUCUAUAUAUGAUGCUCAGUACCUGUGGCUGAAAAUCUUUAGAUAUGUAAAUGUGAACUGCAUGUUAUCAAUAAAAUAUCAAAUGGAGCUGUUCAUGUAAACCUGUUGAAAACUGCAUGGUUGUGGAUACUAGCAAUAAAGAUUUAUGUUUUACUUUGCA